AUGCCUCACGAGACUCUUGUCGGCAGUUCUUGCUACACAGCUGUCAGCGCCCAAGAGCUCAAGGCUCGUGCCAACAAAACCAGUCACCCCAAGAUCAAGCAGAUCCGCGGGCAAUGGGUCUACUACGUCGACCUGAAAUCCCGCGAUAAGACCAUUGUCCAGCAGUUAAAAACUCUCCUUCAAGACGUUGAUUCCGAGCCCCUCUUGGCUUCCGAGAUCAACAGCAACUCAAUUACCGUAUACGUCACCCCUCGAUACCUUUCGCCAUGGAGCUCGCAGGCAACAAACAUCGCCCAUGUCUGUGGUCUAAAGGACCAGGUUCGACGCAUUGAAAAAGGACGCCUGAUCGUGGUCGAAUUCGAAGACCCCUACGAAACGGGACAAGAUGAGACUUUCCGACACGUCCUACACGAUCGCAUGACCGAGGUCUUCUCCUUCGAAAAACCUGAACCCCAUGUCAUGUUUGCUGACGGAGUUUCUGCACCUCUGGCCGUCGUUGAUAUAUUUGCUCAUGGCCAAGAACCACUCCAAGUCCUCCAGGCGUACAAUAAAGAGAAAGGCCUCAAUCUCGACGAGUCCGAGAUAAAUUAUCUUGUUGAUGUUUUUAGGAAGCUGGAAAGACCGCCCCAUGAUGUUGAGCUUUUCAUGUUCGCCCAGGUGAAUUCCGAACACUGCCGCCACAAGGUCUUCAAUGCUAGCUGGACCAUUGACGGAGUCAAAAAGGACAAAAGUCUCUUCGAGAUGAUUCGCAACACACACAAGAAAACACCAGACUACACCGUUUCUGCAUAUAGUGACAACGCUGCGGUUCUUCAAGGCGAACCGGCCCAUUUCUGGGCCCCUGACUAUUCCACUGGGACUUGGACUCUGACUCCCGAGGUUGCCCAUAUUCUUGCCAAGGUCGAGACUCAUAAUCAUCCUACUGCAAUAUCACCGUUUCCUGGUGCUGCCACUGGUUCGGGUGGCGAAAUUCGCGACGAAGCUGCCGUCGGCCGUGGCUCCGUCACAAAGGGAGGUCUGGCUGGUUUUUGGGUUUCUGAUCUUCUCAUCCCAGACCACAAAGCUCCUUGGGAGAAUGACAUCGGUCGACCUGCCCACUACGCAAGCAGUCUCGACAUCAUGUUGGAGGCUCCAAUCGGUAGCGCAAGGUUCAACAACGAAUUUGGCCGUCCUUGCCUAACAGGUUGCUUCCGGACGCUACUCACCCCAGAGACUUGCAGUGAGGAUGCCGAAGCCGAAACAUCCUCAUGGCGUGGAUACCACAAGCCCAUCAUGCUGGCAGGUGGUGUCGGCAAUGUUAGACCUUGCAACGCUUUGAAAGAAGAACGGCUUGUCCGUGAAGGUGCCCACGUCAUUGUCCUUGGGGGUCCAGCCAUGCUGAUUGGCCUUGGUGGCGGUGCCGCUUCCAGCAAUGCUUCGGGAGAAAGCAAUGCGGAUUUGGAUUUCGACAGUGUUCAGCGCGGAAAUCCCGAGAUGGAACGCCGUGCCCAAAUGGUGAUCAAUACAUGCACGGCUUUGGGAGACCAGAACCCGAUUGCCAUGAUUCAUGACGUAGGAGCCGGAGGUCUCUCUAAUGCCCUCCCAGAGCUGGUCAAGGACGCCGGUUAUGGAGGGAAUUUCGAACUGCGACAAGUUGAAAGCGCUGAUCGAAGCAUGAGUCCGCUGCAAAUCUGGUGCAAUGAAGCCCAAGAGCGUUACGUUCUCCUCAUCAACCCUGAGAACAUGAACCGAUUUUCUAGCAUCUGCCGCCGAGAACGAUGUGGCUUCUCCGAUGUCGGAUGUGUUGCCACCAGGGAUACUAGAGGGGAUGCCAAGCUCAUUCUGACGGAUCGUGAGUCCAGGGAGUAUCCUCGCCCAAUCGAUCUUCCCAUGGACGCACUCUUUCCUCCCAAAAAACAACAGGAACGAGAUGUCAGCUCCAAAAAGCCGAAACUGCUACCUUUUGAUGCUCUUUGCAGUCUGCAAAGCACACUUGGCGGCGACAUGGACAAUGCCACUUUGUUCAAGAAGGCUGUCGAGCGGGUCUUUUCGAUGCCAGCCGUUGGUUCAAAGUCCUUUUUGAUCACCAUCGGUGACAGAACUGUCGGUGGUCUUACCGCUCGAGAUCAGUUUGUCGGCCCCUGGCAAAUACCGGUGGCCGACGUGGCCGUUACGGCAGCUUCGUUCAGCAUCGGCGGCAAGCAAAGGACCGGUGAGGCCAUGGCUAUGGGUGAGAAACCUACCCUAGCCCUGAUCAACCCUGGCGCCUCUGCCAGAAUGGCGGUUGCAGAAAGCUUGAUGAACCUCGGAGCCGCAGAUGUGAUGGGAGACUUGCGCCGAGUGAAGCUCUCGGCCAACUGGAUGGCUGCUGUGAACCACCCUGGCGAGGGCGCCGCUCUCUACGAAGCGGUGGAGGCUAUCGGCAUGGAAAUGUGCCCUGAACUGGCCGUGAGCAUCCCCGUCGGAAAGGAUUCCACCUCGAUGAAGACGGUUUGGAAAGACAAGGGUGCUGUCAAGAGCGUCACAGCUCCUGUGUCUGUGGCCAUCUCCGCCUUUGCCGUCGUCGAGGAUAUACUGAGCACCUGGACCCCGCAACUUGCGCGGGUUGAAGAUGUCGGCGAGUCAAUUCUGCUGUUCGUUGACCUGGCAGAGGGCCGCAGGGCCAUGGGAGGCUCUGCUCUGGCUCAGUCUCUUGGCGCCACUGGAGACGAGGCCCCCGACGUGAACAACUUCAGUCUCAUCACCGACUAUUUCGAUGCCCUGUCGCAACUCCACAAGAGCGGUGUCGUCUUGGCAUACCACGACCGCUCCGAUGGCGGUUUGGUGACCACCAUUGCCGAGAUGAUGUUUGCCGGUCGAUGCGGCGUGGACAUGAUGAUGGACGGCAUUUCGAAGUCCGGCGGCAUCGGCGACAUGCUCGAGGCCCUGUUCAACGAGGAACUCGGCGCAGUUUUCCAGGUCAAGGCGUCGGACGAGAUGAACUUCAAGAGAUGCUUCGCCACCUGCGGCCCGCCGGCGGGUUUGAUCCGCAAGUUUGGAGUGGUCAAGGCCAGCUCGAACCAGUCGUUGACGAUCCGCCACAGCGCCGCGGUAUUUGCAACCCUCGGUCGCGCCGAGAUGCAGCAGUGGUGGUCCAAGACGUCUUACCAGAUGCAACGCCUCAGAGACAACCCUGCCUGCGCCGAUGCCGAGUAUGCCGUCGUUUCCGACUCGUCCGAUCCCGGCCUCUGCUAUCGUUUGACGUUUUCACCCGCCGAGAACAUCCUGCCCAUUACUUCCUCCAUCGCAGGAUUCUUCGGCAAGACCCCCCGGGUCGCCGUUCUGCGCGAGCAAGGCGUCAACGGGUACGCCGAGCUGGCCUUUGCCUUCCGCGCCGCCGGGUUCGAGCCCGUCGACGUGCACAUGACGGAUGUUCUCGGCGGACGCUCCCUCGCCGACUUUACCGGCCUGGCUGCCCCGGGCGGCUUCUCGUACGGCGACGUGCUGGGCGCCGGCCAAGGCUGGGCCCGAUCCGUCCUGAUGCACGAAAGCACGCGCCGCGAGUUUGAGCAGUUCUUCCGCCGGCCCGACACCUUUGCCCUGGGCGUCUGCAACGGCUGCCAGUUCCUCACGCGCAUCCGGCAGCUGAUCCCCGGCACGGAGCACUGGCCGACGUUUGUCCACAACGAGAGCGCCCAGUUCGAAGCCCGGUACAGCAUGGUGACGGUCCGCCAGGACGAGAGCCGGCCGUCCGUCUUCUUCCACGGCAUGAACGGGUCCUCCCUGCCGGUCGUCGUGUCCCACGGCGAGGGUCGCGCGCGCUUCUCCUCGCCCAACGCCAUGCAGGAGCUGUCCGACGCGGGCAUGGUGCCCGUGCGGUACGUCGACAACAGGCUCGACGUGACGGAGCGGUAUCCGUACAACCCCAACGGCAGCCCGGGCGGUGUCGCGGGGGUCUCGAGCAGGGACGGGCGGUUCGUCGCCAUGAUGCCUCAUCCCGAGCGGACCAUUGUCGCGGGAGUGAGCAGUUUCAUGCCGCGGGAUGCUGCUGAGCAGUGGGGUGAAUACGGUCCAUGGGUGAGAAUAUUCAAGAGUGCACGCAGAUGGGUUGGUUGA